AUGUCUACUGCUCCAUCUGCUUCGUUGCCCGCCUCAGGGACUACCGCACCCAAUAGCGACACGACUAAAUUAGAACAUUCAAAUCAAAAACUCCAAGAUCUAGGCUCUAACAAGAGUGAUACGCAACAAGUCAAUUGGGAGUCUGAGCUUCAGCUUGUAUCAUCCCUAGCGAAACUUCAAGAACUUGAACGAAAAGUCCAUGAGCUACGUCAAUUUCUGCCCGAGGGGCUUCUAGAACCCCUGGUUCCAGAAAAGCCUGCGCCAGACUCGCCAGCUCAGCUACGCAAUGAUUUAGAACAGGCGACUCGCGCCCGAUUGGCCGGAAUUGAGAGCUUCCAGUCUCUCUGGCGUGGCACGGAAAUGAAACCCGUAUGGAACCACGUGGAAUCCCGCAUCAAAGAGUCUAACGGCGACCUCAUUCAGCCAACAGGCAUGUGGGAAAAGGACUACGAUGUACUACUGAAAGAGCUUAUCAAGACUGGAAAGACGGAAGAAGAAAAAGUCGAGAAGGAGGAAGAACAAAUUGAGCGCUCCAAGGCGCAAGCAUCAGAUGGAGAAUGGCAAGUCGUCGUUGAGAGAUUUACUCAGCGCGACAUGCCCGGUAUGCGUGUCGUGAAGGGACAGGAUCCAUUCUCGCUGUCGGCAAUUCUUGCAAAGGCGGGGAUGAUCUUCUCAAUUAAAGGCAUUCAAGAGCCUGGUAUACCAGGUGUCUGUGAAUGGCAGGUGUCCAGUCAAUCACCCCCGGGUCGAUCCCCGUCGAAACUUCAACAUGCCAUUCAAGAUUGUCUGAAUUUAAGAACAAGGAAAUGGGACCUUGAAUUCUUACUGGACAUGGUAUCCUCAUAUGCAGACAUUAAGCAAACAACAUGCGUUACGUGCAACCGCUUGACCGACAAUUCUGCACAGCUCCCUACCAUCCGCCGGAUACAAUCAACCCAGCUAUCGCAGAGCGAUACUCGUAGAUUCGCAUUUGAUGCACUGCACCCCUCUUGCGCUUGA